AAAUACCUGGCCCAGUUCGGAUACCUCAGGGGUCCAUCUCGCGAGACCCAGAACUUGCGGAGCCAGGAUGAUUUGAUACGGGCCAUCAAAGCACUGCAGCGAGUACGCAUACCUCAGACCGGUUUUGUGGACCUCCGCACUCAGACGUUGAUGCUGAGGCCCAGGUGCGGAAACACCGAUGAUUUUGUCGACGAUGUUCGAGUCAUCAACGAUGAAGAGGACGGCUUCCAAAUUCGCAAGAGACGCUACACCGUGUCUACCUCCAGAUGGCCACGCACCAAUAUCACUUUCAG